AUGACUGACGAAUCUUCACCACACGUUACUCUCUGUGAUGCUGCUUACCACGGCGAUUUGGAUUCCAUUAGAGAAGUUCUCUCUAAUAGAGAUAAUAGAUAUUAUGUUAAUGAAUUUUUGAACUAUGAUGAACAAAUGGGAGAAAUGACCCCAUUCAUGUAUGCUGCCGUUAAAGGACACAUUGAUUCCUUAAAAUUAUUCUUUGAAUUGGGUAGACCGAUUGUUAAUCUUCCUGAUUUUGAAGGUGAUACUCCACUGAUUUUGGCUACCAACUCCAAGCAAUAUGAUGUUAUGAGAUUCCUCAUUGAAAAGGGAUCAACUAUUGACCAUAUGGAUGAAAAUGGAAUGAACGCUCUUCACAUUGCUGCAUCAAAUGGUGAUAUUCUUGCAGUAAAGAUUUUGCUUGAAAAGGGUGCUAACAAGAAUCAAUCAACAAGAGGAAAGGAAGGUCACACUGCCGAUAUGAUUGCUGAAAUGUACGGACACACAAAGGUUGCUCAAUACAUUCGCGAUUUCCCUCUCUAA